CCAACAUGGCUCUAAGCCGCCAAUCCCUCUCCCCGACAUCUCAUCUGCUCCGGAAUUCCCGACUUUUCUCGCUCCCCAACCCGCUCCCACGGCCGCCAAUUAGCGAGACCUUUGGCGCGGGCCUCACCAAGGCGUCCGAUACAGCAACGCUACCAUACCCCACACACCAAGCCAUUGCUACCACAAAAGCCUCUCUUGCGCGUGGCGACUGGGGCCUGAAGCGGGCGAUUCCGUCAAGGAGUCACCUUGUCCAAGUCAGUGAUCCAGUGCUGAGGGUGACGCAGCUGGACACGAUUGAGCAUGUCACCGACUUUGACUCGGCCGCCGACCAUGUACGGACAAGGGAAAAGUGGGAAGAGAUGGGAGUGCCCAUGAUGAAGGGCAUGUCGCAGAUGCGGGAUUUCGACCUGAGCGGGGUACCGCCUGGAGGGGCCUUUGAGGUUCGCGAUGAUACAACAAGUUAUGAUACUGACUUGGGACUGGACGAAGCUGGCUUGUACCUCAAGGCGCUGAGGAAAAGCAUGCCUGCAGAGCGAAACAAAGCCGAGUGGGAGGCGUUCAAUGCCACCUGGGCACAGAGGUGGGAAGAGAAGAAGGCAGAUUGGCAGGCCCGUGGGUGGGGCACCCAGCUCGCCGACUUUGAAGCAUUCCAGAAAGAGGCAAACAAGGCAAGGAAGCAGGCUCGCACGUCGCGCAGCAAAGCAUUCGAGGUGGAGCUCAAGGCUUUCCGCGUGCCUUGGGACGCAAAAUGGGCGGCAAAGAAGGCAGAAUGGCAGACGCGUGGGCUCACUGACCCUGACCAUGCCGAGCGAGUCGCCGAGACAAAGGCGCUUUCAAAAGAGAUGCGUGCAGCUCAGCAAAGUCUCUGGCGACAAUGGGUCGAGACAAAAGCCUCCCUGCCUGCUGAAAAGGCACUGGCUUCUGUGCCUUGGCUGGACGAGUUUGUGGCGUUUGAGCAAGAACAGCAAAAGGAAAAGAAUGCCCUGAAACAGAGACUAGCAGCGUCCAGUGGCUCGGCUUCCACGCCGUUUACACCAUUCAUUCCGCCCCCCAUAGAUCCCAUCGUGCACAACACCAAGCGGUGGAAGCAUGACGGCCCUUGGCUACCGGGCAUGGGCGCUGACGACUUUGUCGCUUAUCUCAGUAAAGAAAUCACCGCCCGGAAGAAGGAGUUCAACAAAUAUCUAGUCGAGUUUGUAAAGAACGAAAUCUACACGUCCCGCCGCCUAGCCGCGUCCAAGUCGCAGGAGACGCCACCAAUGGACAUUGAAGAAGCCGAAAAAUGGCACAGGCAACAAGAAAAGGCCUGGCGCCAUAUCACGCAGCAAGAAAUCGAGGCGGGCAUCAAGGCUCUGCGCAAGGAAACUGCAAACGACCCCUUGGCAAGCAAGCUCGUCAGCAAACUGGUUCUUCCCUUCCUGAAGCUGCCGGCCAUCAAGUUCAAGUACAAGUCUUACUCGCAAGACGCAUCCAGCCGUGACGUGGAUCAAUAUGCGUUUGAUCAAGAAGCGGCACCAUUGUCGACACACCCCAGCGCAGGUCUGGGCUACCUCCGCACAAAAUCCUACCUGCCCAACCAUCCGAUUCUCGGCCCACAAGCCAGGACGGCGCCUGUUCCCGCGCGUGUGGUGCAAGCCCGGCGUACAGGCAUCAAGAGCGAAAUCUACGCGCGGCUGGGAGUAGGCGGGUUCGUGGCCAACGACCAGUACAGGAACACAGAUACCAUGUCUGUGGCUCGGGCCAACCUGCCUGGCGCAAAGGAUGUGGAAACAAUUGACAUUGACACGCCUGGGGGCAGGAAGAUAGCGGUGGAGCCGCUAUUUGGUAGCGUCACGAACAAUGGCAGAAUCCACAUCAAGCUGAAGCGGUCGACGGGCGCUGAAAUGGCCGUGGCGCGGGGCGAGCUCGACGACAAACCACCCGUCAGAGAGCACGUCGACGAGGAUCCUUUGCGCAAUCUCACGUCGACUAUGGGCAGGAGUGGGGUCAAAGAGUUGGACGAGCAGAGUGGUGAGGCGGUGAGGUUCAGCCAGUUCCUGGAGAGUGUAACGCCACAAGGCAAGAAUAGCGCGCCCCCAGGCUUUCCGGGAGUUGCGAGUGCCUUGAGGGGCGAUUAG